CACAAACACACACACACACACACACACUUGCUCCCACCUGCAGACAUGUCUGAGUGCUGAGGCGUACAACAUGAGAGAACUACCUGUCCUGUGCUCAUGGCUGGAUGUUUUGGAGGAACAGUGCGUGUUGCAGAAGAAGAGCAGGGGGCACUGUUAUCUGGCUCAGGUCUGACGGAGUGUAAAGUAAAAGGGACCAUGGUUAUGUUGAAGAUCUCUGCUUUCCUUGUUGCCUACGCCCUGGUCAUUUGCCAGAUGUACUGCUCACAAGCCGCCCCUGCCAGACCGGGUUUAGAGUCCAUGUCAGACCGAGUCACGCUCACGGACUACGAGGCGCGAAGGUUACUCAACGCCAUUGUGAAGGAGUUUGUGCAGAUGACAGCGGAGGAGCUGGAGCAGCAGGCAACUGAAGGAAACAGCAUGGACAGGCCCCUAACCAAGCGCUGCUCCAACCUCAGCACCUGCGUGUUGGGCAAACUGUCUCAGGAGCUGCACAAGUUGCAGACGUUCCCUCGCACGAACGUCGGAGCAGGGACGCCCGGCAAGAAGCGCAGUGCGCCUGAGAGCGACAGCUAUGCAAGCUACGGCGAGACAUUUGACAGCAUCUAACCCCUCCUCAUACUUUUACCUUCACCGCAUCUCCUCCUCCCUCCCCUCUUUCUUUUUCUUUCCCCUCUCCACCUUCUCUGAACAGUUUUGGACUGGCAAGUGCAUGUUGAUUUUACCUGCUUGGUUGACAUGAGAAGAAUAUGUCCUUUAACUGCAAUCCCCCCUCCCCUUUUUUCUAUUUGUUUUGGGCAGAGAAUGAUUUGUCCCCAUCAUUUCAGACAAUCAGAAUUAGUUUUCAUAAAUGUAAUUCAGGAGCCGGUUCAGAUGUCCAUCUUUGUGUACUGUGCGUGGAGUCAUUCGAUGGCAAUUCAAAAGCCCCUGAAAUCUAGGAGUUGGAAGAGAUCACUUAACUAAACCAUUAAUAAAUGAUCCAUUCAUGCGACACCAUGUUUGUUGUUCAAUAAACGUA